GAUGACGCUCUGCCGGGGCUUCCGUGUUGGAGCCGGCGGCAGAACCCGGGACUAGGAGACCUGGGGUCUCGGUAGCGGGGUGGCCCGCGGGCCCAGGGCGGGGAUGCACCGCCGCGGCGUGGGAGCUGGCGCCAUCGCCAAGAAGAAGCUUGCGGAGGCCAAGUAUAAGGAGCGAGGGACUGUCUUGGCAGAGGACCAGCUGGCCCAGAUGUCAAAACAGUUGGACAUGUUUAAGACCAACCUGGAGGAAUUUGCCAGCAAGCACAAGCAGGAGAUAAGGAAGAAUCCUGAGUUCCGGGUACAGUUCCAGGACAUGUGUGCAACCAUUGGAGUGGAUCCUCUAGCCUCUGGAAAAGGAUUUUGGUCUGAGAUGCUGGGCGUGGGGGACUUCUAUUAUGAGUUGGGCGUCCAGAUUAUCGAAGUGUGCCUGGCUCUAAAGCAUCGGAAUGGAGGUCUGAUAACUCUGGAGGAACUACAUCAACAGGUGUUAAAAGGAAGGGGCAAGUUCGCCCAGGAUGUCAGCCAAGACGACCUGAUCAGGGCCAUCAAGAAACUAAAGGCAUUGGGCACUGGCUUCGGCAUCAUCCCUGUGGGCGGUACUUACCUCAUUCAGUCUGUUCCAGCUGAGCUCAAUAUGGAUCACACUGUGGUGCUGCAGCUGGCAGAGAAAAAUGGGUACGUGACUGUCAGUGAAAUCAAAGCCAGUCUUAAAUGGGAGACGGAGCGGGCGCGCCAAGUGCUGGAACACCUGUUGAAGGAGGGGCUGGCCUGGCUGGACUUGCAGGCCCCAGGGGAGGCCCACUACUGGCUGCCAGCUCUCUUCACUGACCUCUACUCACAGGAGAUAACAGCUGAGGAGGCCAGAGAAGCCCUUCCCUGAUUUAGUAUGGAAGGAUGCACAGUAGCAGGCAGUGAGAAAAAGGAGGAACUGUUGGUGAAUAAACCUGGACAAUUUUGUUUAUAAAAGAAAGGUUCUAAGUUUUUCUUUCUUCCCCCAGUAUUUUUUAUUUUUUAAAAGUGCCUUCACAUUGCAUCUCUUUUGGAGGAAGCUUCCUUUAUCCAGUAAGGGAACCUGAGUAACACAAGUACAGCAAGCACAUAUGACUUGUGCAGGUCAUCUAUAAGGUCAUGGAAGAGCUGGGCCCAGAACACAAGCCAUCUCCUGGCUACAGAGUAUAGUUUUUUCUGUAGCCAUAAAGUGAAUAACCACUCUAAUUCAGAACUCUUCAUUAUUCCAUGCUCCUUAUC